AUGACCUUAAGUCUGAAAGACAUUAAUAGUGCCGCCACUGGAUCGUUCACUUAUAACCAUUUUUCGAGGAUCUCCAUUUUGCAGGACACAUUCACGGUAGAGGAACAAAAACGGCAGAAGCUCUUCUUGAAGCAAAAGAUCAAUAAAGUAUACGAUAUCUCGCGAAGAUGCUACCACGAACACAGCGGGAGAGAUUGGGAUGCCGCAGUUGUAUCUGAGGAAAAUAACGUCGUCGCUCAUCUGCUCAGUACCGAGAGUGACAGCGUUCUAGAUUUCUCAAUUUUGUCAGAAAGAGCCGAUAUUGAUUCCGAUCUGCAACUCUUCACGCCAAACGUACUAGGAGGCAAUUCUUCCUUCGAUUUGGCAGAGCUUAACGCCCAAAUGGCUCUCCUAUUGGUAGAAUAUUUCCCGGGAGCUCAUCCAAGCGCCAAUUUUCUAACAAGAUUAACGUUGGCCAUCGUUCCCCAGAUGGUCCGAUUAAACCAAGCAUUGGACAGAUAUGACCACCUCGGGUCAGCAGAGCAGAGUGUUGGAAAUUUUUUACACACAUGCGACAAGCUCUUUCCAAAGAUCUGGAUCCCUCAUUUAUCCGAAGCUAUCGAGAAUAUGAAGUCAGGACAGCAAAUACUGCAAAAAUUCGACGGCAGGUACAGCAAAGUGGAAGCAAAAGAUGCAUUUGAGCCUGGUGUGAGAAGGAUCAUUCGCAAAUGGUCUUUACUAAACUAUUUCCCCGUGGUUCUCAUCAAAUCGCUUAACUUUCAGAUCGAAUCCAACUCCGAGAACCGGAUUGCUGCGAACGAUGUAUACUUCAUCGGCUGCAGCGAGCUAUUCAAAAUUGCCUUCAUAACCCUGGCGAUAGAGGUGAGUAAAGGUCUUGAAAAAGUGAUUAAUAUUCUCAUCGAGCUGAAUGCCUCCAAUGGGUUGACUAACAAGACAUUAAUAAUUCUUCUAGAGCUACUGCUGGAAUGCACUGUUGAUUCUCGCGCUGCUGAGAUAAUGAUUGGCCUCGAUCGAGUCGUCAAGAGAUGGAUUCUGUUCAAAGAAGCCGCCGACGAGUCCACAAGGUCUAUUUUCCAGCAUUGGGCGGGACAGAUCCUAGAAAGUUACAACGCCCAAAAAGAACUAGAACACAAGCUCAGGACUGACGAAGAGGAAGAUGAGGCCGACCUGAUGUUUGACAAGUGGGAAGUCGGCAAAAUGUUUGUUAACGAAAUUAUACAAUUUAUUGAGCCAAGAAACUCUACCCGCGCCAGAAGCGAUCUGUUUGGUUGGCUCACAGUCUUUGACGAGUGUCACCAUUCCAGCUCGUCUCAAAAUUAUUCGCAAGACCCUCAAUUCGACUUCGAUACCGUGAGCAUCCGAAGCAUCCAGUUACCUCCAACCUCCGAAGUCCCCAAGCACGCCUACGGGAAACGCGAAGCGCUUAGAAGAUGGGCGAUGAGCAAGAAGAAUAAAAUGUCAGAAGGCUAUCGCCGCAUCAAAAAAAGGUUUCAACAAGCCUUCCACACGCAUACAACUCGUGCAUUAAUCACCUCUGUCAGAUACUACAACGCCAUCAAUGGCAGAAAAUACGAGUAUCAUUUUCCGGACGAGACGACUGAGUUUACACCCGACCAAUGUGCCCAAGUGCAAAGAAUUACUCAAAAGCUAUACAAGAGAGAAAAAAGAGGCAAGAGAAAAAGAGAUGCAAUAAAGGUAAUAUUCAUGUAG